UAUUUUAAUAAAUUAAAAAAACACAUUAGUAAAUUCUCCUACUUAAUAUGAAAAUAAUGAAAUAUUUCAAAAUUUAUAAAUAAUAAUAUACAGAAGUAAAAGUGACAGUUCGUUUGUUUACAUUUUCACACAGUGUGAUCAUCAUUUAAUUUUUAAUUAUCACAGGAUAUUAAUAAGAAUUUGAGGUUAUGUAAAAAAAAACAAUUUUCUUUAAUGUUUAAAGAAUAAUAUUAUUAUUAUUGGAAUUAUCAUUUAAUCUAAAAUUUGAUAAAAUGCAAGUGGAUACAGAGAAAGAAAUUGGUGCUGUUAUUUUAAAACGUCCUCGAACGAAGGAGAAUUUAAGUGACGAUGAAGAAUUGUCAAAAGUUGAAAAUCUCGAGAAACAAGUAAAUGAGGCAAAAAUAAUUGUAUCUGGAAAAAAUGAAAUUUUAAGAUUACCUGAAAUAGAAACAGUAUAUAAUAAUUCUGAAAAUGAUGAUGCUAGCACAAAAGAACCAGAAGAUGAGAAUAAAAUUGCCGAAGGACGUCGUAUUGUUGAUUUAGUUGAACUUGGAAAAAAUUUAUGGUGUGUAACAUGUAAAGAAGCACUUUCUUUAAGUUAUUUAGAAAAAGAAUUCCGCCGUGGAUUAGGAUCAUUCUUAUUAAUAAGAUGUCAUAAAUGUCUUAUUAUUAACGAAAUAACAACAAGUAAAGUUCAUGAAAUAACAUCAGACAGACGUUCUACAAAAUUUGAUUUAAAUACAGACGUUGGAUUAUGUGUUUUACAUACAGGAUUUACUUUAGGAAAGGUUAAUAUGAUUUUGUCUCAUUUAAAAGUUCCACAAGUUAAUUCAUGGGUUAUUAAAAAAUGUGAAGAAGAACUUGGAGAUGAAGAAGUAGCCGCAAUUAAAGCAAAACGAAGUAAACAAGGUUAUGCACGUGAUGAAGACUGAUAAAUUUUAAAUGAAGAAAAGAAAUUUAAUUAAUAAGUAAUCUCGUUAUUUUUAAUAAUAAUAAUAAACAUUUAUAUUGUGCGGUAACUUUUUAAAAAUAUACUCUUAAAAACGGUGUAAUAGAAUGUUUUCUUUUUUUUUUUAUUCAUUGUGAAAAUUGAUAAUAAAUAAAUUUGACUAAAUA